CGCACCUUCCGCAAGUGAGCGCGAACGGGCGGCGCCGGGCCGUGGCGGCAGCCGGUACGAAGCGUAUCCGUGCUCGGGAAUCGGCUGCGCGUAGGCGGCCCUGCGGCCUUGGGCUACUUGGCUGCCCGGGAAGGAGGCAGUGGGAGGCGGGGUUCGAGGUCGACCGCACUCGACCGUAGUACAUUGUUUAGGCGGCAUGGCGACUCUGGGCUCUGUCCGGCUUUUGCUGGCCGCGUCGGCGGCGGUCGGGGCCGCGUCCCGGCGCUGCCUCCUUCUGGCCGGAGCCCGAGCGGGAGCCGGGAGGCCGGCCAGGCCAGGGGUGCAGAAGCCGGGGAGCGCUGCCUGCCUGGGGGCGAGCCGGCGUUUCAGCUUGUCGGCCCCGAGCCAGCGCAGCUCAGAAGAUAAAGUAACCAUUCAUUUUAUAAACCGUGAUGGUGAGAAAUUAACAACCCAAGGAAAAGUUGGUGACACUCUGCUAGAUGUUGUUGUUAAUAAUAAUCUAGACAUUGAUGGGUUUGGUGCCUGUGAAGGAACAUUGGCUUGUUCCACCUGUCACCUUGUCUUUGAAGACCACAUAUUUGAAAAGUUAGAAGCAGUUACUGAUGAGGAGAAUGACAUGCUUGAUCUGGCCUUCGGACUAACAGACACAUCACGGUUGGGCUGCCAAAUCUGUUUAACAAAGUCUAUGAACAAUAUGACUGUCCGAGUACCUGAAGCAGUCGCUGAUGCUAGGCAAUCCUUAGAUCUGGGCAAGAAUUCGUAAACUGCAGUCAAUAAGAAUAUUUUCAUGGAAUAUAACCUAGGUUUUUGUAACUAUAGUUUAUGUAAUUAAAUGAGAACUUGCCAAGUAGAAUUUAUUGCUAUUCCUAGCUUUACUAUUUUAAUUUACCUUAUAAAACUACUGUAUUUUGUAAUUCUUAAAAAUUAUGCAACCUUUUUAUUUUGGUUAAAUUUCAGAUUGUCUAACAGUUGUUAUAAAAAUUCACAUAUUACCUUACAUUUGUGUAGUGUUUUCAACUUUUCAAAUUGCUUUUACAUUACCUCAUUUUACACUCAUCAUGCCCUAUGAGUCAGGUGGUAUUGUCACUAUUUGAAAUGUGCUGAGGCACAGAGCAGUUGUGAUGUGUCCAACACAGCUAGUUAGUUACAGAGCUGAGACUAGAAAGAAUGUAGGUCUCUUGACUCCUUGAGUUUUUCUAGUAGACUCUUCACCAUCAGAUUAAAUAAAACAGGAGAAAUUACGAAUAUUCUAUUAAGAAUAAUUUCUGAGUAUGUGUAUUAAUGCAGAAAAACACAUAAUUGCUUAGUGAGCUACUUCAUUUUCUGAAUAAUAUGUUAGAACAGAUAAAGAUAAUUGUCUGCCUCUUAAUAUGAUCUUUUAGAAUUACAAACAUUUAAGAUAAUUUGAACAUAGGAUGUGUCCUGUGACGUCUGGUCUUGAUACUAAAAAAAUGGAGGAAUACUUUAAAGGAAAGUGAAAUUCUUGAUUCUUUUCUAAGUUACAUAAUAUUAAUGUUUGUAAUUUUUCCUAAGUGUUUGAUUUGUAAUAUUCCUUAACAAUGGGACGAAAUCCUCUUAAAAUUCAGCCUUUUUCUGCAGAGCCAGAGAAGACCAAAAAAAAAAAAAGGCAAUAAUUUUAAUGGGCAUUGCAAUAUGUUGGUUUGCAUAUGGAAGCAAGUUGGAAUUUUCAUUUUGCCUUACAAUGAAUAAAUUCAUUAGUAGGUUACACAAUAUAACUUUUAGAACUGGAGUAAAACCUUAUGAAUCUGGACUAAUUGAGGGGGAAAACUAACCUUAAUUAAAUUGAUAACAGUUUUAAAGAAAUACAUGAUUAUUACCUUAAGUCAUACGUAGCAGACAUGAGCUAAUGUCGCUUAACAAAGUUAUUUCCAUAUUUAUUUAAUAUAUAAAAAUUUGUAGGUAUAUUGUUAACAUAUGAAUGAUGUAUUUAAAGGGCUUAAAAAACUUUAAUUAAACAUUCCUCUCCUACCCUUGCUUACUCUAUUCAUUUGCUUAGCAAUCUCUUUAUCAUAGUCUUGAAAUGAACUUAAGUCUAAAUAGUAGCUAAAUUUAUCACAAUUUCCAAAUUAGUGGGGUCCAAAUUAAAAAGGUUCAUUGAAUUCACUCUAGAAUCAUAGAAUUGAAGAAUUGGGGAGAAACCUGUAAGGUAACCUCAUCCAAUCCCCCUUACCUGAAUCAUGAAUUUUUUCUUAUCUGAUGCUUGGAGACCUCUAGUGAUUAAGACCUUAUUGCUCAGUAAGUAUUUUUGAUAGUUCUAAUUGUUAAGAAGCGCUCCUUAUUUUCGGGUACAACUUGCUUCCUUAUAACUUUUACAACUUUCACGGCCAAACGAAACAAAAAAUCUUUUGCUGAUUUUCAUAAAAAUCAUAGCACUUUAUUUUUAAAAAUUUGAAGUUCGCGUUUAUAGAGAUAAAUUAAUUUUUAAAGAGCUUAAUUAUGGGGCCUUUCAUCCACAUAUAAAAAAUUACUUUUUUCCUUAUCAUUGUCCUCUUGUACUGGUUAAUCUUCUUCCCUCUCUAAUUUUAACAUUUUGAAAGAUCAGUCAUGGUGGUUUAUUUUGGUUUUGUAGGGAAUAUUCAGUUUUAAUUUGCAGUGUCUAACAUUUCUUCUCUUCCAGUGCAAUACUAUUGAUUUAAAUGGCAAAGACUGGGAGAGAUGUACUUCAAUUACAUGCAACCUUAAGUUGUAUUAAAAAUGUUUCACAUUCUAUAAAAUCCUGCUAAAUUUAAGCCCCAUUUUUCCCUCCGCAUAUAAUAAUAUACUCAACAAAACAACAUGGUUUCUUUUCUUAUGCUGUAUUUGUUUGGCGCAGUCUAAACCACAUGAUGAUUAGGAUUCAUUGUGAUGUUACGGACUAACUUUCCUAUUCCAAGUAACAGUGUUCCUUCCAUUCUAGCUUUGUAUCAGAUAGAAUCACACAGUGCAUAGAAGACAAGCCUGGGAGUCAGAAAGUCUUGCCUUGAACACACACUAGAUGUGUGUUCAUGGGUAAGUUACUUAAUUUCACAAGUGCCUAUGUAACUCAAUAAACUUAGAAAUUAUAUGCAAUUUACCAAUGUUUUCUCUUCUUCAAAAGGAAAGGUUUGAGCUGGGUGACCUAUAUGGUUCCUCUAAGCUCUUAAAUCUGUGAUGCAUCUGGGAUUUGAGUUGGCGAAGGAGAGUUUAUACACUGGGAGUUUUUUUAAAACCAAUAAAAUUACAGGUCCACACACAAAAGUGAUUAUUUUAACAAUUGUAUGGUAAUAUUCUCAUAGUAAAAAGAAGAUCAAUUUAAUAUAUAUCAUAGAUGUUCACAGUUUCAUGGUGCAAUUAUAAUUUAAUAUCAGAGCAGUUAUUUAACAUGAAUGUUUCAUUUUUCAAGGUUAUAGGGAAUAGUAAAAGCUAUUAGAAAUACAGUUUAGUAUAACACUUUUUUCUUUAAUUUCGAUUCAUUAUACCUUUUUCCAUUUUUUCCUCUUUUUCUUUUUCUGUUGAUUGCUUUUUAUAAACUUUUUAACUACUUGAAAUUUUGUGAUGAACCAUAUCUUGGAUCACAAGUUUUCUUAAAGGGAAAGAUGUUUUUUUCUUCACUAUGAAUAAGAAUAUCUUAAAAAUUAAAGAACCAUGCAUCUGAACAAAGUAUAUAACACUUUUAAAUGUAAUCACAAUGAGAUAUUUGACAUACUUUACCAUAGUUUCCUGUUGAGCAAAUACACAGGCAUAGCAGUGUGAAUAUAGUUGUGCAAUAGGACUUCGUUUCAUGUGUCAAUAUAUUGCAUUAUAUCAAGUUAUUUUUAUCUGAUUUUCUUAUGUUUAUAAAUAUCCAGAAACUGAAAUUUUAAGAUCCAGCUAGCAGAAAGUGUGCCUAACUAGUAGCACACACAGCAAAUAUAUCCCAAACUAUAAGGGGACCAUAGAUCUGAGGUGAAGAUCAGAUAGACACACCACCAACUUUUCAGGAAGGACAUGUGGGAUUUUCAUGGUAAAAAUCACUUUUCUUAAAAUUGCCAAUUAUAAGUCUUCAAAUAAAUUUUAUUAUUAAUUAACUGUGAUUUAUUAUUCCAUUUAUAGACAUUUUUGAACAUAUUUUAAGUUCAUUCCUUGAAGCAGUCAUCUCCAACAGAGAAUCGUAAGUUUUACUGAUUAGCUCAGAACAUUAUGAACGCCUAGUCAUGCAAAUUGGAAGAAAUUUACAAGAAACCUUGAGUGAGCUUACACAGUUUCUUCUAGGCAAGAAUAAUAAAAGUAAUGCCUGUAGAGAAGAUUUCUUGGAAGACUUCAAAAAAUGACAAGUUUCUGUGUCUGUAAAAUGAGGAGACUUGGACUAGAUAACCUGGUUAUUUGGUCAGUUCAACUCUAUACCUUGCUUUACAGUCAUGGCGUGACUUAAUUAAUCUUAAGAUUCUUAAUAGAAUCAUUGUCAGGUCCAAGGUAAGCCUAAGACAAGAAUCUUGUCCUUGUGCUUUUACUUUCUGACUUCAAAAGGUUAUGCAUACAUGUUAAAUAUAUUUCAGAUAUGGAGUAUUGUAUAGAAUAUUGGACUUAGGAAGACCUGGAUUCAAAUCUUACCUCAGAUACUAGCAUUGUGACCUUCGGCAAACCGCUUAACUGCUCUGUGCAUUAUUUUCCUCAACUGUAAAUGAAGAGUUUGCAUUUCAUGGCCUCUAAGGUCCUUUCCAGUUCUAAAUCUAUUAUCUUGUGAUCUAGAUAAAUUAAAAAAUAAAUUUUUUGGCUGUGAUUUUCUCAUGCCAGUGCUUCAGAACUUAUUUUUGUUGUUAGAUAUCAUUUGUAGUUACUAAUUGAUAACCUUUAGAAAGUUUUGUUAAAAAAUGCAGGUAUAUGAUUUCCCUUUCUCUUGGUAAUCUCAAUCAACAAGUGUUGAUUAAGUAUUUAUUAUGGGCCAGGCACUCAUUCUAAUGAGAGAGGUAACAUGUAACAUGCAUUUCAUCCAUUAGCUAUACCUCUACUCCAUUAAUUACUGAAUCUAUUUUUCUAGCUGACUUCCAAGUCUGUAUUUCCAACCAUCCAAUGGGCAAAAGCCUGUAGCACCCCAAAAUUAAUUCUGAAACCAAACUUAACCAUUUGUCCUUUUAGACUGUUGUUUUCUUCUUUCCCAUGAGUCACCUACACUUGAAACCUUGGUAUUAAAUACGAAUACAAAAAAAAAUACAUGGAAAGAUAGAGGAAAUGAUGCAGGGAGAAGAAAAAAUGAGUACAACUAUAUACAAAUAACAAAACAUUAAAAGUUUGCAAACAGAAGAGGAUACAAAUUAAUGUUUAUUUCAUAAAAAUGUAAUGCAUAAAGAUUUUGUAGUUUUAUUUGGAAUUUCAUUUUGUUUGGUCGUAGUUGUUGAGAUAAUAAUCUUUGUUUAAUAUGUACAAACUUUAUAAUAAACUUAAAAAGGAAAUAAAA